AAAAAAACAACACUUCGUCAACAUGAGCAAAGAGGCUUCUAGAGCUAGAUUUAUAGGUGUGUUCGACCAAUUGGUUGAAGAAUUGAAGGAGGUCUUGGUCGGCUACAAUAUGCCUCAAGAGGCUGUAGAUUGGUUUGUCAAGAACUUAGACUACAACACCCCAGGAGGAAAGUUGAACAGAGGUUUAUCCGUAGUUGAUACCUACUGUAUUUUGAACAAGACCACCGCCGUAGAGUUGGAUGACGAAAAAUAUGCCAAGGUAGCUCUUUUGGGUUGGGCCAUUGAAUUGCUCCAGGCCUACUUCUUGGUAGCUGACGACAUGAUGGACCAGUCCAAGACCAGAAGAGGCCAGCCAUGUUGGUACUUGGCUGAAGGAGUAGGAAACAUUGCCAUCAACGAUUCCUUCAUGUUAGAAGGUGCCAUCUACGUGUUGUUGAAGAAGCACUUCAGAAACGACUCGUACUAUGUAGACUUGUUGGACUUGUUCCACGAAGUCACCUUCAAGACGGAAUUGGGCCAGUUAUUGGAUUUAGUCACUGCUGAUGAAUAUGUGGUUGAUUUGGACAAGUUUUCCUUGGACAAGCACUCAUUUAUUGUCAUCUUCAAGACUGCCUACUACUCGUUCUACUUACCUGUAGCCUUGGCAAUGUACAUGUCAGGCAUCAACUCUGCAGAAGACUUGAAGCAAGUGCAAGACAUCUUGAUCCCAUUGGGCGAGUACUUCCAGAUCCAGGACGACUUCUUGGAUUGCUUUGGUACCCCAGAACAGAUCGGCAAGAUCGGAACUGAUAUCAAGGACAACAAAUGUUCGUGGGUCAUCAACCAAGCUCUUUCCCGUGUAAACAAGGAACAGCGUGAGCUCUUGGAUAACAACUACGGAAAGAAGGACGACGUUUCUGAACAAAAAUGUAAGGACUUGUUCAAGGAAUUAGGCAUUGAACAGGUCUACCACGACUACGAAGAAGCUGUUGUUGCCAAGUUGAGAUCACAAAUUGAAAAGGUUGACGAAUCCAGAGGCUUGAAGAAGGAAGUUUUGUCUGCCUUCUUGGCCAAGGUGUACAAGCGUUCGAAGUAGGCUAUACAUCUCUGUAUUGGAAUGUUGGUAUAUCUACAUUAAUAAAUAUUAUUAGAGACUUC